AUGGGCAACAUGGCGAGACACGUUCAGAACCCCGACUACUCGGACGACGAGUACGGAGCCGAGGACGCCUACUUCACCUACCGACCCCUCUCCAACCUUCCCACCCCGCCGCCUUCUACCAGGAACUCCUCCGCACACCAGAGCCCGAAGACGGCCUUGGAAGACGGCGAGGUCCUGCAAGAGAAAUUCCUUGGCCCCGCCAUCCACCUCAUCAACCUCGUUCCCACGUCAGCUUCCCUCACGACACCAUCGGUGCCCCUCGUGCAGGCCAUGCUCAGUCGGUCCGCCCUCCCGCUCGAGACUAUCGCCUUGGCAGUCUGUAUCCUCGAUUCUCUCAACUCCAAGUUCGCCCUGAGCUGGCGCUUGCAGUGUCCCCUGCUCGUCGACGGUGCCUUCUCUUCCCACAACAAGCGCCACACCCUCCACUCUCCCCUCCUCGACCGCCGCCACCAGCAGCAGAUGCAUAUCGACUCGGUCCAGCCCGAGCUCAUCAUCCUCGCCGCCCUCAUCAUCGCCGCAAAGUUCACCGAUGACUGCCAGGAUUCGACAGCAUACUACUGCGCGAAAUGGGGCAAGGAUAUCUGGUCGUGCGAGCAGAUCAACGUGACCGAGCGUUGCAUCUACGAGAACCUCAACUACCGCAUCAAGCCCCUGGUCGACGACGAGGAUCUCAUCACCGACACCAUGGUCGACAUGCAGAUGGCCGCCCGCCACUACAGCUCGGUCCGCCCCGUCCAGCCACACGAGAGCGGCCACUGCAAGAGCAAGAGCAUGACCAUUGGCACCGCCGUCAUCGGCCUGGGCCUGCAGCUCACACCUGUCGACACGCCAAAGUCCGAGGUGGACCAAUUCGGCGACGACGUACGAGCCGCCCUGGAGAAGACGUCCUUUGUCGGCGACUACAUGUCCCUUCCCCUUUCCGGAAACCAGAACGCACUCUCACCCGUCGGAGAGGAGCUUGAUGUCUGA